AUUGAGCAUUUCACUUGUUGCAUUCUUCUGCGGUAAUUGAAUAGGAUAUCAACAAUGGUAAUUUAUAUUCACAGAAAUUUGAUGUCCUUUGAAUCCAGUCUGAACUGCGUGUUGCAGAUAUGUCUCAAGUUACAUUGGAUAGUAUAAAAAAGUUCAAAUUUCGAAAAUGCAAUAACACAAUUGCUCUUACAUUAAAAAUUGAUAAAGAGACUCUCAAAGUUGAAAUAGAAGACACUUUUGAAGAUACUACAUUGGAAAAUCUUAAAGAUGCAUUGCCAAGCCACCAACCCAGAUACAUUCUUUUAAGUUACCGAUAUGAAAAGCAAGACGGUCGUGUAUCAUUUCCAUACUGCUUAGUGUUUUCAACUCCACAAGGUUCACCUCCGAAUCUUCAAAUGAUGUAUGCUGCAAGUCUUACAAAUGUAACUCAUAAAAGUGAAGUGACAAAGGUGUUCGAGUUAAGAGAUCUAGAAGAACUUUCAGAUGAAUGGUUGGAAGAAAAUUUGAGUCGUACUAGCUGAAUUAUAAACACUCCAUUGCUUUUUUUACCAAAUUGAAAGAGUCAUUAACUUUUGUAUGCCUUAAUUCAAACUGAAAUCAAUGAACCAAUGUAAUAGUCUUUUGUUAUUUGACACGCACGCACGAAAACAAAUGAUUAUGUUUCUAUAUCUAUAUGUACACAAUGGCAAAAAUAAUUUUUAUUUAUCAUUUGAGGUGUGUUUUAUUCGGUGAU